CGUAGACAAGCUAGAGUCGUCGUCAGAACUCUCUCUCCCUCGCAGACGUUGGUUGGCGCGGGAAAUGCUGCGAGUGUUAGGGUUUGAGAGGCAAUGGGUGAAAUCCCAUUUUUACCCUUCUCUUUUCUCCCUUUUCUUCGUUUGUGUUUCUCAAUUCGCCCUAGCCAUGGUUCCUCGCCUCUAUCCUACUUUCUCUCUUUUCUCCAUCCUCUCCAUUUCAGCUCUAGUUCUAGUAGCUUCUGCUCUUUUUGGUCGAUGCUGCCGAAGGAUUCUACAAGUAUCUGCAUCAGCACCAGCUCUUGUCAUCUUCAAUAUCUUGUUUCUUUGGGGAGUUUAUAUUGCACUGAUUCGAGAAGGUUUUCCUUCUCUAAAGGAUGUUGCAGUCAAUGCAGAGUUUACUGUUCUUCUGAUCGGCCUUCAUAGUAUUCUUUCUGGGGAUCCUGGUUUCAUCUCGUAUGAUGAUUCUUGUUUGGACAGACUCAACCAAAGUGCAGUUUCCAAUGUUAGUUCUCGUUCUGAGGAUGAAGAACUUUCAUCAAGUGGCAUGGAGUUUGAACAGCUGGCUGUAAACAUGGGUGCACCUUCCCUCAAGAGGGUGAGAUAUUGUAACAGCUGUAAGGCACAUGUAAAGGGGUUUGACCACCACUGUCCUGCUUUUGGGAACUGUAUAGGUCAGAAAAAUCAUCAUUUAUUCAUGGUUCUUCUGAUUGGAUUUGUCAUUGCUGAGGUUUCCUACAUAGGGUGCUCAACUCAGUUUAUUGCGAAAUCACGGAACAUGCACAAAACUGGCUCAGAGAGCAGUCUCUCUGGCAACUUGGCUAUCGGCACAAUGCUUUUUUGCCUUCUCCAAGUGCUAUGGCAGGUGGUUUUCCUGGCGUGGCAUAUUUAUUGCAUCUGUUUCAACAUCAAAACUGAUGAGUGGAUAAACUGGAGGAAAUAUCCAGAGUUCCAGCUUGUCGUUCCAGGGCAACCCUUUGCAGAAUUGAGGUUCAAAAACCCAUAUGAUAAAGGAAUUCUUGGUAACCUCAAGGAUUUCCUGGAGUUGAAGGAAUAGAUAGACCUACUUGAUGGAUGUGUUUCUAAAGCUUUGGAGGCUAAGUCGCAAUAGGCAGUCUUAUCGUAUCUGAGGAAAUGGGCCAGAAUCCUAUCCCACUUUGACAGUGCUGUGGUGCAAUUUUGAGGCCCCAAGUCUGAUCCCAGCUUAUGUCGAAACAACAGAAGAAUGGGAAAUUGAAAUUUCAGGUUGGAUUGAAGGAGAUUCAUUGCUUCCAAUAGUGACAACCGAACUAUAGCAUCGUUUAUGUGGCUUCAACCUAGUGUACAAAACACGCACAAUCUUCUAGACAAGUUUCAGAGGUCCAUAACUUCCUUUUGGGAAGUUCCACAACCUACGGUUUGUGAGUGCUAGCUACAAAAUUGCUUCCCUUUUGUACACUUUGUUUUCAUUUCUCCGGUCUGCCUCAUCAAAACCAAUAACAGGGGUGUCUUUAUUCUGUCAUUUGUUGAAACUACCACAAGUUAUUAUACAAUGCUCGAAUGAGGGGCCAAAAAUCUGGUUGGUCCAGUCAUCGGGUAGAAGGUAGUGUACAAUCUCUCAGCCUGUGCAUUCUACAAUACCUCUUUGACAGCAUUAGAAUUCGCAAUGUAUGUUUACUUUGUCAUUGUUGUUAAGCAUCAGAAUCAGAAGCCAGCUGUACGGAUUUAUGGAGUGUGUAUGGUUAUCUUCAGAUUAUAUGGAAGAGGAAAAUUUAAAUUUGAUUCA